CAAUUGACCAACUUGUAUCGAGUGUACCAAGAUGUGGAUGUUCCUGAAGUUGCUCCUCCUAGUGUGCUAUAGUUGGAGCUGUGCCCAAGCAACUAACUGCAACACGACGUCUCCAUACCGUACAUUAGAUGGCAGUUGUAACAAUCUGCAGAAUCCUAGCUGGGGUGCAGCCAACACCGUCUAUGAACGCUUGAUCGCCGCAGACUAUGGCGAUGGUGUGAAGAGCCCCCGGAAGGCCACGAAUGGUGCCGAUCUGCCCAGUGCGAGAACUAUCUCGAUGAAACUAUUCGGAGAUGAGAAUGUUUUAGAGCCAGCGUUCACUCUGCUUAGCAUGCAGUUCGGUCAGCUGGUAGCACACGACAUGGGCUUCAUACGAGGAGGUGCGGACAUACUACCAUGCUGUAGUGGAGGGAAACUUGUAUCAAACCCUGUCCCACGAUGCUACCCUAUACCGGUCGCAUCCGAUGAUCCCGUAAUGGGAUCGGCUGGUGUUCAGUGCUUAGACUUCCUGCGAACCAUUACCGAUUGCGAUACCGAUUCGUCCAGCUGUUCAAAUAACAAAAAAGCAGAACAACUCAACGUUGUGACAUCGUUUCUUGACCUGUCGGUCGUGUAUGGUAACAGCGUUGAGGAGAACACUCCCCUACGCCAGUUUACCGGUGGAUUGAUGAAGGUGGAAACUCGAGAUGGAACCGAUUGGCCACCGCAGAACCCAAAUGCGAACACCGUGUGUGUACAGCGUAACCCUGACGAUGCCUGUUAUCUGACGGGUGAUGCACGUGCCAAUCUGAGCCCACAUCUGGCCAUCCUGCACAUCCUGUUCCUUCGUGAGCAUAAUCGGAUUGCAACGCGCUUGGCAGCACUGCACCCUGAUUGGAACGAUGAGAAGCUGUUCCAGGAGGCACGGCGUAUCAAUAUAGCCCAGUAUCAGCAGAUCGUGUUCUACGAGUGGCUACCGAACUUCCUUCCACUACCGGAAAAUGGAGAUAAACGCAGUUUGGUAAGCGUUCUCGCUCAUCAGUACCGUGGUGAUGUCAAUCCAACAACGCUCAACUCCAACGCGCAUGCGGCAUUCCGGUACUUCCAUAGCGCCAUUAUUUCCCAGCUACAUUUGGAUCACGAGAAUCGAAGCAAGGCAGGCGAGGUCAGCUUUACCGAUCACACGCUGAAUCCUGCUAUCCUUGAGGCUCCCUGCAAGUACGCUCAACUGUCGCGUGGUUUGGCCACUCAGCCGAUGGGCCGGAUCGAUCUCAAUAUAGACCACGCAAUUAAGCACAACUUCUUGAAGCUUGAUGCUCCCUUCGGUAAUGAUCUGCGAGCAAUAGAUAUACAGCGCGCACGGGAUCAUGGCCUACCUAGCUACAAUCGCUUCCGCGAAUGGUGUGGUCUGUCGAAGGCCGCCAGCUUCGAUGAAUUAGCAUCCUUGCUACACUCAUCACAGGACGCUGCUCGAUUGGCUGCGGUGUACGCUUCGGUGGACGAUGUGGAACUGACCGUGGCGGGGUUGUUCGAAAAGCAUGUCCCCGGCACACAGGUGGGAGCAACGUUCCGUUGCAUCCUGUUGGAGCAGUUCCACCGGACACGGGUGGGUGAUCGGUUCUUCUUUGAAACAUCCGAUCCGAUCGUUGGUUUCUCAAAAGAGCAGUUCAAGCAGCUAAGAAAAGCAAACAUCGCCCGGCUGUUGUGCGAUAAUACGCCCAAGCUGGAGGGCAUGCAAAGUAAGGCUUUUGCGACGAUCGAUGCGGGAUCGAACAAGGUAUCGCCUUGUUCCAGUUUGCCGGUGGUCGAUCUGGAUUCAUGGAAAUAAACAAGAGCACCUUAUUCAUGCAACAAA